GAACUGGACACACCCAGCUCCCAUGGUUAUCCACACCCGUUGUGGGGAUAGAGCUGUUAGCGAGUUUUCGCUGUGGGGAGCUUGUCUGGUUGUCCCAAGAUAGCAAAAGGAGCGUGGCGUGUGACUCCCCUCCUCUCCUCUAUCGGAAAUCCGGGAGCGAAACCCGCCCGAGGUUCGCCGUUCCUUCUCGGGAAACAAGGGAGGAACGCUCGCGGUGGGGUGAGAAAUUUCCGCCGCUCCCCUCCGGUCGCUAUGGGUCUGUUCCUUUCCAGGAACCUCGUGAAUUUCCUCGUCUCCUUCUCGGCGAAGAAGGGCCCCGUCGAGCUCUUCCCCGUCCAGAUCAAGGACGUGGUCUCUCUGGUCUCCCGCACGGGCAGGCACUUGCAGCGCUACGAAAAGGAUCGUCGCCAAGUCGUCGGAUGCAUACCCUACAGAUACAGGAAGACUGAUCAAUCAUCUGGCGGUGGGGGUGAAGAAUUGGAGUUUCUUGUUGUCAGUUCACCGAAGGGCCAGCGAAUGAUGUUUCCCAAGGGAGGAUGGGAACUGGAUGAGACUAUAGAGCAUGCCGCUUUGCGCGAAUCAGCAGAAGAAGCCGGAGUAACGGGCACUCUCGAGUGUAAAUUGGGUGAAUGGCGAUAUAAGAGCAAGAGCAAUGGCAGCUUUCAUGAUGGCCAUAUGUUCCCUUUACUCGUUCAAAAGGAACUCGAUGUUUGGCCGGAGAAGCACGUCAGGCAAAGACGAUGGGUGACAGCUGACGAAGCGAAAGAAUUGUGUCAACAGCUGUGGAUGAAGGAAGCUCUAGAAUUAUUAAUUCAAAGAUUGAGGCAACAAAAAAAUGGGCAGGCAGUUGAAAGACAGCGUGCAUAGAAUGUGUCUCGUGGCCUUCAAAAUGCCUUGAAGAUUAGAAUCAGCCAAACUUGUAGAUGAGAAGGCUUUGUUCAAGAGCCAUGAAAGCAAGUUCUAUGAUCAUCGGAUUAAAAAAGUUCCAUGAUCAUCAGAUAUGAGGAAUAUGAAUUAGGAUGGAUAGUGUUCCCCCACCCCCGCCCCCGGCCCUUCUUCUUUUCCCCCCUUUUUUCGUCAUUUGAACCAUUCCUUGAUUCUUUCACCAUCUUCAACUUCUAGUGGUAGUUUCAGAGCAGUGAGACCAAAGAAAUUGGUGUGAGAUCCCAUGAAAUGUGGAUCUUUUUAGGGAGAAUCUUUGUACGUGUACAGAACUUGCCCCAUUCUUUAAUUCAAUAUCAUUUAAUCUCCUGAUUCUUUAUUCCA